AUGGAAGACAUAGCAACAACAUCCGCACAGGCGCAGGCAUCCGAUGCCUUUGAUGCCGAACCACUCCCUGCAUCUCUCACAAAUGUCGAGCUCCAGCCUGACGACCCCUUUGACUGGGAGGCAUACACCUCCAACUACCCUGCCUCUGCGCGAGCUCAACGCCUCGUGUUUAUCGCGACACACUGCCCCGCCCUUCGCAAGACCUGCAGCAAGGCAGCCAUGGAUCUCUUCAAGCAGUCCACUCGCGACGUCUCUGCCUACCAGGCCAUGGCGACCAUUCACAACACCGAAGCAGCGACCGGAAACCUGAUCCCGGCUUCCGAACGCGUCCAGGUCGACUCGGACUGGAUCCAAUCCUCACGCCAGCAGAACAGCGCCGAGCGCGAGAAGCUCGAGCUCGAGAUGCGCAACUACCAGAACAACCUCAUCAAGGAGUCGAUUCGCAUGGCGCACCGCGACCUGGGUGACCACUUUACACAGUCGGGCGAAUGGUCCGAGGCGCUCAAGUCGUACACAAAGAUCCGCGACUACUGCUCCACCACGGACCACGUGAUCGAGAUGUGCCUCAACGUCAUCGAAGUCUCGCUGCGGCUCGAAAACUGGACCAACGUGCAGACGUUCGUGAGCAAGGCCGAAGGUGUGCUCGAAUCCUACGUUCCGUCAUCGGGAGCUGGUCAGCGCAAGCUGAGCUCGCUCAGCACCACGAGCAUCGCUCCUCCUACCAAAGGCGGCUCGACGCCCGGUGCCGAUGCGAUUGGCGCGCUCUUCCGUGCCGGUGGCAGCUCGGCUGCAUCCACACCACCGUCUAGGCCUCGCGGCAACACGGGUGGUGAGAGCGCGUCGCAGGUCGCUGCCAGCAAGCUCGUCGCAGAAACGGGUGCAAAGCUGCGUGCGGCCAACGCAGUAGCGUGCAUCGGGCAGGGCCGCUACGAAGCCGCCGCAAAGUUGCUGCUCAGCAUCGACUCGGCGCACUCGAACUCGCUGCUCGACAUCAUCAGUCCGUCGGACGUGGCCAUCUACACGGCCAUCUGCAGCUUAGCCACGAUGCAGCGCCCUGCGCUCCGAACGCAGGUCAUGGAGAGCACCAAGUUCCGCGGCUUCCUCGAGCACGAACCGUACGUGCGUGAUCUGCUGGAAGCAUUCAGCACCGCACAGUUCCGCAAGGUCAGCGCCAUCCUCGACGAGCACCAGGCGCGUCAUCUGCUGGACCCCUACCUCGCACCCCAUGUCGAGUUCCUGCGCACCGCACUCACGCGGCGUGCACUUCGGCAGUUCUUCACGCCCUUUGACCGCAUCAGCAUCGCGAGGAUGGCAGAGGCUUUCGGCUGGACGCACAAGCGCAUGGCCGACGAGCUCGUCGUGUGCAUCAAGCGUCGCGAGUUCCGCAACCUGCCUGGCAAAGCGGCAGAGGUGGGCGAUGCCAGGAUCGAUACGAUCAAUCAGGUGCUCGAGUACCGCACCAAGGAUGCGAGGAGGGCGGUGUUUGACUCGGCGCUCGAGCUGGGCGACCAGCGAUGCCGCGAGACCAAGAGACUGCUGCUGCGCAUGAAGCUCGUCGAGAAUGGCGUCGUCGCCAAGGGCUCCUAUUCUGCAGAAGCGUGGAGCCAGAUCAGCAAUCCUUUGUAG